CUGGGGUAAUCGAUCACUUCUUCUGAACCCCAGAUCCAACAUGGCGGCUGGCGGAAGUAACUUAGAGUAGUUGAUGAUCAACAGGGUAAAAAUCAUUUUUUCCUGGCGGCACCUUGGUUUGCUGAAGGCAUAGUUAGCUCCCGGAGGCGUGUCUGCUGUUGCUGCACCGUCGGUGUGCGGGAACCCGGCCUGCAGCGUGCACGGGAUGAGGAAACUGGCGCUUCGUCCGGCCUGACCGACCGAACCGAUCCCCCUUCCUGGUUUGGUGAAGUUUAUGAAACGGAGACUUCCCAAAGGAACGCCGUGAACUUGCCCUUCAUCCUGUCCAGCUCAGGUGAGGAGAAAGCUGUGGUGCUGACGACUCUACUCUGGUCCGGCAGCCAUGUCAGGGGCUAGUUGGGCCCCAGGCACAGAAUGUCUGGCCAAAUACAACUUCCAGGGAAACAGUUCAGACGACCUACCGUUCAACAAGGGAGAAAUACUCACCAUUGUUAAAAGUACUAGGGAUCCCAACUGGUACCGUGCCAGAACGCAGGACGGGCGAGAGGGCAUGAUUCCCGCGAACUACGUGCAGAAACGGGAGGUGGUCAAACUCAACGCCAUGCCCUGGUUCCAUGGGAAGAUCACACGAGAGCAGGCGGAAUCUCUGCUGAACCCCCCGCACGAUGGAAUGUUCCUGGUUCGGGAGAGCACCAACUACCCCGGGGACUACACGCUGUGUGUCAGCUUUGGCAGCAAGGUCGAGCACUACAGGGUCAUCUUCAAGAACAACAGGCUCACCAUCGACGAGGAAAUCGACUUUGAGAACUUGACAAAGCUGGUCGAGCAUUACGAGAAGGACGCAGACGGCCUCUGCACCACGCUGAAGAAACCCGUCCCCAAGAAGGGAGGUCAGGGGUUCUCCGUCGACUCUCAGGCUUUCAAGGAUGCUGGCUGGGCCAUCAACAGAAGUGAAGUGGAGCUGGGCAAGUCUCUGGGCAAGGGGGAGUUCGGAGAUGUGAUCCAGGGUGUGUACAGAGGAAGGCUGGUCGCCAUCAAGUCGCUGAAGGACACCAGUAAAGCAGCGCAGCAGUUUUUGGCAGAAGCGUCUGUCAUGACAGCUGUUUCACAUCCCAACCUGGUGCAGCUGAUAGGGGUGUGCUUCGGGGACCCCAUCUUCAUCAUCACAGAAUUCAUGGCAAAGGGAUCACUAGUCGACUAUCUGCGCUCCAGAGGAAGGUCCGUCAUCACAGCGUCUGACAACCUGCAGUUCUCAUGUAACAUCUGUAACGGCAUGGCGUACCUGGAAUCCAAGAACCUGGUGCAUCGAGACCUGGCCGCCAGAAACGUGCUGUUAUCCGAGGAGGGGACGGCGAAAGUGUCGGAUUUUGGGCUUGCGAGGGAGAUGAACGAUAAGUUAGAAGGAGGCAAAGUUCCUGUAAAAUGGACAGCACCAGAGGCACUUAGACAUGGGCAUUUCUCUACAAAAUCUGAUGUCUGGAGUUUUGGCAUCUUGCUAUGGGAACUCUACUCAUAUGGCAGACCCCCGUACCCCAGAGUGCCUAUAGCAGAUGUAGUGGCCCAUGUUGAGAAGGGGUACCGAAUGGAGCCGCCGGAAGGCUGCCCUGAGGACAUCUAUGCGAUCAUGAAGGAAUGUUGGCAGAUCAGCCCCGACAGAAGGCCGUCCUUCAGGAAGCUUCUACAGCAGCUGGAAACCGCCCGGAGUGUGUUGGUCUGACUCCUGGCCUCUGACCUCUAACCUCUAA